AUGGCCACCUCAAAAGCUAAAGGCUCAACUUCAAGCACACCAACAACUUCUACAAAUUCAACGGUAGCUGUUAACAGUUCGACAUCAACGAAACAUAACGGAAUAAAUUCGGUUGCUGGUGAACUUGGUGCAAAACGAGUUGCAAAAGGAAAAGAAGUUGUCGGAAAAGAAAUUGCUGCUCUUGAUUUUAAUACCUUCGAUAUUUCAGUAUUGCGUAGAUAUAAACGGAUUCAUAAACUAAAAGUUAAGGAUUAUGCAACUAAGGAAGAGUUAGUUAACGCCGUUACUCGCCAUUAUGCUUCCCAAGCUCCUAAAGAAGUCGACGCCAUUUCAGCUUUUAUCUAUUCUGUUCAUCAUAAAGACACGCUGUUGAAGCUUCCGAUUCCAUGA